UAUAUGAUAUAAGCUUAGCUUACUUAUCAGUUCAGUUAAUCUGCUUACACAAAUGGCAGGAGGAGCAGGAAUAGUGAAGAGGAUGAAGUUGGGUUCACAAGGCCUCGAGGUGUCGGCUCAAGGCCUUGGCUGCAUGGGCAUGUCCGCCUUCUACGGCGCUCCAAAGCCCGACCAUGACAUGAUCAGUCUCAUCCACCAUGCCAUCAACAGCGGCGUCACCUUCCUUGAUACCUCUGACAUCUACGGUCCCUUCACCAACGAAAUCCUUCUUGGCAAGGCUCUCAAGGGAGGGGUACGAGACAAGGUUGAAUUGGCCACCAAGUUUGGUCUCAGAUUUGUGGAGAACAAGAUGGAGGUGCACGGUGACCCUGCUUCUGCGAAAGCUACGAUGAAGGUGCAAGGUGACCCAGCUUAUGUGAGAGCUGCUCUCGAGAGUAGCUUGAAGCGCCUUGGUGUUGAUUCUAUUGAUCUCUAUUAUCAGCAUCGCAUUGACAACUCCGUCCCCAUUGAAGUCACGGUUGGGGAACUGAAGAAAUUAGUUGAAGAGGGUAAGGUAAAGUACAUCGGUCUAUCCGAGGCCUCAGCUUCAACGAUAAGAAGAGCCCAUGCUGUUCAUCCUAUAACAGCUGUGCAGUUGGAGUGGUCCUUGUGGUCAAGAGAUGUCGAGCAAGAAAUAAUUCCUACUUGUCGGGAGCUUGGCAUUGGUAUUGUUGCGUAUAGUCCUUUAGGAAGAGGAUUCUUCGCAUCAGGUGCUAAGUUUGUUGAAAACCUUGCCCACGAUGAUUCCCGAAAGAAUCUACCGAGGUUCCAACCCGAAAAUGUAGAGCACAACAAAACACUAUUCGAGCGAGUUAGUGAUCUUGCAGCAAGGAAAGGGUGCACACCAUCUCAGCUAGCAUUGGCCUGGGUUCAUCACCAAGGGAAUGAUGUGUGUCCUAUCCCCGGAACCACCAAGAUUGCAAAUUUUGACCAGAAUAUCGCAGCUCUGUCUGUUAAACUGACACCGGAAGAGUUGGCUGAGCUCGAAUCUUAUGCUUCAGCAGAUGCCGUUAAAGGUGAUAGAUAUCCGAACUACUAUAGCACUUGGUCGAACACCGAAACUCCGCCACUGUCUUCGUCAAACUUUUAAAAUACAAGGCGAGCGAUGAGCAGCAGUAUUGCACCUAGUAUUCUAGGCAGGGGCCUAGUCGAGUUUUUCUUGUCUUAAUUAAAUAUAUCAUAUAACAAUAAAAACAUUACUCACAUGGUUCUACUUAAUAUAUAUAUAUAUAUAUAUAUAUAUAUAUAUAUAUAUACAUAUAAAUGUUAUAAAUAGGAUUUAUUACGUGGUUGUUCACAUUCUGGAUCAAUAUGUAAUAUUUCGAUAGUUGAACACUUUUCUACAUAAAUCAUACGCCUACAAAUAGGCAAGCUAAUAAGAAGGAAACAUAUCUUGAUUCUCCUCCA